AUGGUGAAUGCAACCAGACAUGUCUCAAUAAUAUUGUCUGGGUACAUGGAUUUAGGGCAUAUUAGAUAUUUUUAUUUUUCUGUGAUAACCCUGCUAUAUCUAGUAAUAAUAUUUGCAAAUACACUGCUUAUUGGUGUGAUCUUUAUGGACAGGACACUGCAUGAGCCAAUGUAUCUGUUCUUGUGCAGUUUGUUUGUUAAUGAAUUGUAUGGUAGUACAGCUUUGUUUCCAGCUCUGCUAGUUAAUGUCAUUUCGAACAUCCAUGAAGUUUCUCUUACUUUUUGUUUCACCCAGAUUUUUUGUCUGUAUACGUAUGUCCUAAUAGAGUAUUUAAAUUUAGCAGUUAUGUCCUAUGACAGACAUAUGUCAAUUUGUCAUCCCUUGCAUUACAGUCAUAUUAUGACUUCAAAAAAAGUUUGUAUGUUAAUUGCGCUGGUAUGGCUUUACUGUUUUAUUCAAUUUUCAAUCCUCGUGUCUUUGAAUUUACGAUUACAGUUGUGUGGCAAUGUUAUUGAGAAAGUCUGGUGUGACAACUAUAUGCUGGUAAAACUGGCAUGCUCAUUUACUCCUGUUAAUAAUAUUUAUGGACUGUAUGUUACUUUCACAACAGCUGCUCUUCCAUUGUUUCUAAUCUUAUAUUCAUAUGGCAAAAUUUUAAAGAUUUGUUGGAAUUCUAACAAAGAAACCAAGCAGAAGGCUUUGAAUACAUGUGCACCACACAUAGUGUCAUUGCUUAACUUCUCUGUGGGAUGUUUCUUUGAGGUGUUCCAAAGCAGAUUUGACAACAUAAAAAUGCCCGCUUUUCUCCGUACAUUUAUUUCUCUUUAUUUUUUAAUGUGUCAACCACUUUUAAAUCCUAUUAUGUAUGGCAUGAGAAUGACGAAUAUUAGAAAGGCAUGUAAAAAAGUUGUUUUUGCUGUCAAAUUAUUUUAA